GUGAAUCGACACAAAGGGGUUAUCGCGUUGAUGAAUGCAGAGCAGCCAGCCAGCUGAUAUUUUGCUCAUACUGUAAAUUUAUAUAAAGAAAGUCACAGGUUGUAAUCUAUCUACUUGGUGAGCACAGACUCUACCAACAGCCGCAGGCAGUCGUGCUUAAAAAACCGAUCCUCUUGGUGAUCAUGGAACAAUUUCAGACUGCCUCCUCCACAUCCCCAGUUGAUGAUUACAUGUCAGAUCCCUUACUAGAACGCCAAGCUCAUCCGUCAGCUGCUCCACCACCCCAAGAGAAGUCUCACAGUUUCGACCGUUUGUUUCUAAAACGACUUGGUCGUUUACUGCGAUUAUUGUUUAAAGGAACAGACGGUUCCAUACUCAAAUCCAGCAUUCUCUUGCCGUAUUCUAUUUUCCUUCUGUUAAGCUGUGGAGUCGAAGUUAUCGUCUGGUUCGUAGGUCUGAUACCCAGUCGAUUUUAUGCCGUGCUGGGAUCCUUGGAUGUUGAAGGUUACUGGAAGGUUCUUUUUCAAAGCUUGGGCUUCGUAUUUUUGGUUGCUGUGGGCAAGAGUUUGCAGACUUUUUCAAGCAAGAUUCUUGCUCUUCAAAUCAGAAGGAUAUUGACAGAACAUAUUCAGGCUUGCUACGUCAAGCCAAAGACAAUAUACCGAGUUCUUCUCUUUCAUGAAGACAUUGAUAACCCGGACCAGCGUAUCACACAAGACAUUGAUAGGUUUGCAGAAGCUGCUCGCGAUAUUGUUGAACCUCUCGUCAUUACACCAGCACUUAUCGUAUAUUACACAUGGAAGUGCUGGGAUGUCGGUGGUUAUCUCGGCCCUCUUUUUAUUUACAGCUACUUCAUUGUUGGCUCAGUUAUCAGCAGCUAUUUAAUUAAGCCUAUUGUUGAGCUGGUAUUCAGAAAGGAAUCAUGUGAAGGAGACUUCCGUUAUCUUCAUGUCCGACUUCGUGAAUACGCAGAAUCCGUUGCAUUCAGUCGUGGUGAAAAGGAGGAACAAAUUAGAGCUGACAGAUCGCUUAAUACCUUAUUGGGUGCUCAGCGUAAAGUUAUCAAUAGAGAGCUACCUCUUGAAGCCGUUAAGCAAAUUCAUUCUUAUUUUGGCUCCAUUUUGAGUUACAUCAUUAUAUCCAUUCCAAUACUUGCCGGAAAAUAUGAUACUAGCGACCCCAGCAAGAUUAGCGAGAUCAUUAGCAAGAAUACCUUUAUUUCAAUGUACCUGUUGUGGAAAUUCUCGUCAAUCAUCGAACAGGCCACAAAGCUUUCUGAUUUGGCUGGUUAUACAGCGCGUAUUUCGGAGCUGUUUGAAGCCAUCAAUGUCAUUGACAAUGACUUAGAAAACGUCGAGAUCGACUACCCUUAUCAAGAUGGCAGCCCAGAAAGCGAGCCUUUCAUUGCUUUUGACAAGGUCACCAUUGCAUCUCCGUCUAAGAAGAUUCUCAUAAGCGACUUCACUGCGCGUUUCUAUACUGGAAACCAUGUAUUGAUUACUGGUCCAAAUGGUUCUGGAAAAUCUUCAAUGUUAAGAGUCAUUGCGGGAUUAUGGCCAUGCACUAAAGGUCACAUUCAGCUUCCAAGCAACCAUAAUGGGCAGAAGAGCAUGUACUUCUUACCUCAAUCAUCAUACCUCACUUUCGGCUCCUUACGUGACCAAAUUACCUACCCAAAUUUAGCAUCUAACACUGAAAUUUCAGACGAAGAUAUUCGAGCUCUUCUCAAGAAGACUCGUCUUUCUCAUGUUGAGGAUCUUGUGGACUCGUUCGAUACACAGUAUGGCAACGAGUGGUACAAAAUGCUCUCUCCUGGUGAGCAACAAAGACUCGCCUUUUGUAGAGCCUUUUAUUGGAAACCAACUUUCUUAAUUAUGGAUGAGGCCACCAGUGCCAUUGACGAAAGCACUCAAAGCCACCUUCUCCAGAUGGUGCACGAAAGUGGCAGUACCAUGAUAUGUGUCAGCCAUAACUCCUCUACACGCAAUCUAUUUGAUACAUUUGUUACAUUUAACGGCAAUGGAGAGUGCCGCGUUAGUCAUAGCCAAGAUAUAGAUAUUAAUGAUGAUGCCUUGGACAAAGCGGUGUUGCGGGAUCCCUGGUCACUUUCGGAUGAAUAAAUUGCCCUCAAUCCCCGAAACUAUUUUAUUUUUUCCAUUCAGGAA